AUGGCCACCCCAGUCACGCUCUCCUUCGAGGCAAUCGACGACCUCAUCUACGACGCCCGCUCAGGCGACCUGGACGCUCUCAAGGCGGACCUCGCCAGCCAGAGCAAAGAGCACAACCGCCCGGAGGCCUGGAUCAUCGCCUCCGCCAUCGACGCAGAGCCCGAGGCCGAGGGCGGCACGGGCUCCUGCCUGCUGCAUUUCCCCGCGGCGAACGGCAACGCCGAAAUCCUGAACUAUCUCCUGGCAACUCUAUCCGCGCAGUCUGCGUCUCACUCUCCGCUCGCGGCGGAGCAGAUCGCGGCUGUGGUCAACCAUCGCAAUCACUCCGGGAACACGCCCUUGCACUGGGCUGCGCUGAACACGCACCUGGAGUGCGUCAAGGCGCUUGUCGAGUCGGGCGCGGAUAUCUCGAUUAAGAACGAUGCGGGUCUGGAUGCUAUCUUCCUGGCCGAGCGGACGGCUUGGUCGGCCGAGGAGGAGGGCAAGGAGGCUGCUGAGGCUGGGGCUGGGGAGGAAGGGCCCGGAGAGAUGUCGAAGGGCCGGCAGGUUGUGGAGUGGUUGCUGAGCUCUGACAAGGCCGGUGACUUGGAGGGAGGUGUUAGUGUCAGUGCUGGUGUUGGUGCCGAGGCGUCUGCGUCUGCGUCUGCGUCUGGGGCUGCGGAGGCGAUGGAUGUUGAUGAGAAGAAAUGA